AUGGGCUACACCAGGACUCAAUCCUCAAUCAUCAUCCAGACCUCGCUCGCUCAUGUCGCGAUCGCACUCCAUGGGGCACACGUGUACUCGUGGAAAGUCCAGGGUCAGGACCAGCUGUUCUUGUCUUCAGCUUCUUCGAUCUCUGGACCGGCUGCCAUUAGAGGAGGAAUCCCUAUUUGUUUCCCAGUCUUUGGUCCUCCACCUUCAAGGGAACCAUAUUCAAGUCUCACGCAACACGGCUUUGCACGAAACACGAAGUGGUCAUUCGAGGGAAUGGAAGAAGGAAGUGAUUGGGUAGAAGCCCGCUUCAGCUUAAGCUCUAAAAAUAGCGAGGUCGAAAAAGUCUUCAAGCCAGCCUUCGAUUGUCUCUACAAGGUCAAGAUCUACCAGCAAAGUCUGGUGACCAGCCUCGAGGUCACCAAUCCGUCCGAGUCCAGUCUAGAGUUCCAAGCUCUCCUGCACACCUACCUCUGUUUGCCCACCCAAGGCACACCACAGGACGUCCGUCUAGGACCUCUGAAAGGAUUGUCGUUUGCCGAUAAAGUGGCACAGGGCGCGGUGGCAAUCGAGGAUCGAGAGACUGUAGACUUCCUACAGGGGGAGGUUGAUCGAGUAUAUCGUGACGUACCAUCGGUGAUCGAAGUCGAUUUGGGGCAUGGAAAGAAGAUGACAAUCAAGACGGAAGGACUCCCCGAUUUGACCGUCUGGAACCCCCAUGAGGCCAAGAGCAACGCGAUGGCUGACAUGGAAAACGAAGGCUGGAAACGGUUCGUCUGCAUCGAGCCUGGCCAAACCAGCUUUGUCUCGCUCGAGCCGAAGGGAGUUUGGAAAGGCUCCCAAGAGCUUAUUGCUCAUAUAUGA